UGAAGUACGUCUCGUAUCUAGAUUGGUUUGGCCUUUGGGUGAUUGUUUUCCUUCACCAUUUGGAAAUACAAAAUUAAUCGAAACAUUCUCAACGCUAAUUUUGUACUUUGCUGUACAAUGCAGUGGUGAUUGCUGCAGUUGGUUAUUGAACAACUCGACUCGAAACUAGCAAGUUGUCUUCAUCGAUGUCACGGUCGAUCCAUUCUAAUUGUAAUUAUGGCCUGUCGAGGCAUGGCACUUAGACGCCCAAUCCUACUGGCAUUGCUAGUACUAGUAAUAAGCAACGUCUUCGACAGUCACACUGCUGUGGAUGGAAAGAAAUCCCCUCCGAAAGACUUCUACAAAGUCCUGGGUGUAAAGAAAGAUGCGAGCAGCUCGGAGAUUAGGCGUGCAUAUCGCAAGCUCGCAUUGAAAUACCACCCAGACAAGAAUAAAGAAAAGGGAGCAGAUCAGCGAUGGUUGGCUAUUGCUGAAGCGUAUGAAGUGCUAGGCGACAAAGACAAGAGGCAGCGCUAUGAUAAGUAUGGAGAGGCCGGACUAAACGACAAUAACGGCUUUGGCGGCGGCGGUCCAGGCGGUGGCUUCAACGGCGAAGGCUUCAGCUUCCAGUUCGAUGACAUUUUUGGCGGCGGUGGCUCCCCGUUCGACGAUUUCUUCGCCGGCGGUGGUGGUGGUGGACCGAACAUGUUCUUCGAGCAACCGUUCGGACAUGGCCAUGCUCACCACGAGCAGGAUGAGCACAUGCAAUUCCAGUUUGACUCGGACUUCAUGCAUGGCCCAGGUGCUGGUGCUGGUGCUGGUGGUGGCGGCCACGAUCACAUGUUCUUUGCCGACGACGGCAUGCAGGACUACCAUGCGUUCCAUGGCGGAGGCGGUGGUGGUGGCGGAGGCGGCGGCGGCAUGUUCGAUGACUUUGGGUUUGAGGACAUGUUCGCUGGCGAUGAUAUGUUCCAUCAUGGCGGAGGUGGGCAUGGACACCAGUACUUCGAAGCGUCCAAUCAGCAACAAGGUGGUGAGCGAUGUCGAGUAGUAACACAGAAAAUAGGCAACAUGGUCACAACGCAGACGAUCUGCAGCUAGUCCAGCUCUCUCUCUCUCUCUUUCUCUCUCUCUCUCUCUCUCUCUCUCUCUCUCUCUCUCUCUCUCUCUCUCUCUCUCUCUCUCUCCUUCUCUUGCAACUUGAACCAAGCAGUCCCUCACCAUUUCGAAAUAUUGUAAUCUGGCAGCCAGCGCUUGGACAGUGGCGCCUGGUUUUAUCCGUCUAAGUGUAGACGGCAAUAGUGCUUGGCCAGUAUCAACUGUGCUCAUCGGCUGUGAGGAACUUACAAUGGUAUGUGUAGGCUACCUGUGUUCCAUCCAGAUAGCUUCACACUCUGAUCUGUGUGCUUCGAGACUCGCCGAAAUGCACAAAGACCUAGAUGGUCAGCACGUGCAGUGCACACCUGGCUGGACCAAGCCAACCGCCAGCACUGUUCUAUUGUACUGCCUUGCGCGCUGUUGUUCGCGCUGCGGCACAUCCUUGUGCUGUUUUACGACUGCUUGAAGUAUUUCCAAAAGCUCUUUCGCAUUGCAUUGCAUGCACAGAGUCCCGUCUCCUGUUAUGUGUGCAUUUCCACUUUUCCAGCUGUAGAUAAUACUAAUUAUUAUUAUUGUUUUCUAGGGCCAACUGGAAAUAUCUCUCCCGGUUGUCUUCUACUAGAUGUGUAGUCAUGUGGCUGGUUCAUUUUGACUCUUUGUUGUCUAUAACUAUAAUUAUAUCCGACUUAUCAGUUAUGCCUGACAUUAUCUUCAAGCUGCUGCUGCUGCUGCUGUCUUGUUCAAUGGAACUGCUGACUACU